AUGAGUUCCGCACAAGAUCAUUCACCUAGAGCUCGAGGAAAGAAGUCAUGCAGUCCCAACAAGAAUAUCACUCUAGCUUCUAUACCCCAGGAAGAAAAAUUCGAAGAUAUUCUUAUCAAAAUAUGUGGGGACGAUAAAGGGGAGAUCAGUAUUCCAGACUUGAUAGGAAAAUUGAAUCACAACGGCUUCUUGGUUUGUAAGGAUUUAAGACUGAGACCGUUGGUCGAUAAACUGCUGAUAAAGUUAUCGGGAUCAGGGGAUGAUAAGUACAACAGCUAUAACUUAAAGAAAACUAUACCUGUGACACAUUUGACGGAUCUUCCCAAGGAUUGCGAGGACAUUAUCAAGAAAACGCUCUUCGGAAAAGCACUUAUACCAGAGUUUUCUCGGUUUUCAGAUGAUCUGCUAAAAAUGUAUGACAAAGUCGCCGAAAUAAAGACAGGGAAAAUUCCCGCAUUCCUUCUUUCCGAGAAUUUCAAAGAUCACUGGGGGGUCUCUGUUUGCACGACAGAUGGUCAGGUUUGGUCACAUGGAGACAAUAGCAUUCCCUUUACCUUACAGUCGGGCAGUCUUGCGCUGAACUACGCGAUUGCCAUCACCCGACUCGGCAGCGAGGUUGUACACGGGUAUGUGGGUAAAGAGGUAGCAACGAACAGCAUGAUUAAUACUUUAGAUCUAGACCAGAAUGGAGUGCCUCACAAUGCCAUGACACAAGGUGGAGGCCUGGCUAUCACGUCACUGCUGCUCAAGGAGACACCCAACAACCUACCUACUGGCUACGAGAACAUUGUUAGUCAAUACCAGAGUCUAGCGGGCGACAAACCACUCAAAAUAAACAACACUGUUUAUCUCGCUGACAAGAGAAACUGUGACAGAAAGUUCUCGAUCGCUUAUCUGCUGAAGGAACAAAACUCGUUUCCACCAGACUUGAAGCUGAAGAAUAUAAUAGACCUGUACUUCUUACUGAACUCAGUGGAGAUAACCUGCGAGAUAGGGGCAGUGAUAGCCAGUACUCUCGCUAAUGGUGGGGUCUGUCCCACUACAGGUAAAGAGGUUCUCUCGACCACUGCAGUACAGAACACGCUGUCUAUCAUGAACCUGCAGGGCAUGUACAGCUACUCAGCGGAGUGGAUGAUCCAGACUGGGCUACCUGCUAAAUCCUCCUCCUCUGGGAUGAUCAUGGUGGUGGUGCCCGGUGUUAUGGGCAUGUGUCUUUACUCGCCCCCGUUAGAUGAGAAUGGGAAUAGUGUGCGAGCGCUAGAGUUCGUACGCAAAGUGUCAAAGCGCUUCUCUCUGCAUUACCUAGACAGCCACAUUGCAGCACCAAUUACUAAGGAGAACUUGAUGCACCGCCAUGAAGGGAAGGAGUCGCACGAACAGGUUAUUAUGAACGUGAUGUAUGCAGCAGCGCACGGUGACAAGAACCUGCUGGACCGAUACUGUGAGCUAGGACUAAACCUGGACGUUACGGACUACGAUUACCGCACUGCACUCCAUCUGGCAUGCUGCAAUGACAACAUUGAUAUUGCGCGCUACCUGAUAGAGCGGAAAGUUAACGUUUUCGCGCUGGACAGGUGGAACCGCACACCCCUAGAUGAUGCAAAGCGCUACGGGAGUAAAAAGCUGGUGGAGCUGCUGAGAGAACAUGGUGCGAACGAGGGACCGGGGAAGAUCCAGUACACAGAGGAGGAGGAGGUUAAUCAGAGAUAGAGAAUAAUUCUAGAGUUAGAGUCAGGGUUUGAGUUAAGAUAAGGGUCCUGGGGUACGAUGUCUUGAAGAAGGACGAGGCAGAA